AUGGCGUCUGUCGACGUCGGCAUACCGCGUCGUGAGCGCCAACGCGAGCGCGGCCCUCAGCGAGAAGCCGACUCGUACCGCCCGCCACCACGCGAGCGAACGCCGCCGACGGUGCGAACAGAGGAUGAGAAGCAGGCUGCCGCGAAGGCGGAAUAUGACAAGCUUAUCAACAUGCGGUCUGGAGGAACCUACAUCCCCCCCGCAAGGUUGAGGGCGCUGCAGGCGCGAAUCACCGACAAGUCGAGCAAGGAGUAUCAGCGCAUGGCCUGGGAGGCCUUGAAGAAGAGCAUCAACGGUCUGAUCAACAAGGUCAACACGGCCAACAUCAAACAUAUCGUUCCCGAGCUCUUCGGCGAGAACCUGAUUCGAGGACGGGGACUCUUUUGCCGAUCCAUCAUGAAGGCCCAGGCUGCAAGCUUGCCCUUUACCCCAAUCUAUGCUGCCAUGGCAGCCAUCGUCAACACCAAGUUGCCCCAAGUUGGUGAGCUGUUGAUCAAGAGGUUGAUCAUGCAGUUCCGCAAGGGCUUCAAGCGAAACGACAAGUCGGUCUGCCUGUCGUCGACGACCUUCCUCGCUCACCUCAUCAACCAGCAAGUCCAACACGAGAUGCUGGCGGGACAGAUUCUACUGUUGCUGCUACACAAGCCGACCGAUGACAGCGUAGAAAUCGCUGUCGGAUUCUGCCGAGAAGUUGGUCAAUACUUAGACGACAUGCAGCCGUCCAUUUCGUUGGCCGUCUUCGACCAGUUCAGAAAUAUCCUGCACGAAGCCGAUAUCGACAAGCGAACACAAUACAUGAUUGAGGUUUUGUUCCAGGUCCGCAAGGACAAGUUUAAAGACCAUCCUGCCAUCAAGGAAGAGUUGGACUUGGUCGAGGAAGAAGACCAAAUCACCCACCGAGCAGAGUUGGACGGCGAGAUUGACGUUCAAGACGGGCUCAAUAUUUUCAAGUUUGACCCCAACUGGGAGGAGAACGAAGAGGCAUACAGGAAGCUAAAGGCGGAGAUUCUUGGCGAGGGAAGCGACUAUGGAGACGACGAUGAGGGAGAGGACGAAAGUUCUGAAGAGGAAGAGGAAGAAGAAACCAAGGCAAUGGAAAUCAAGGAUCAGUCCAACGCGGAUCUGGUCAACCUGCGAAGGACAAUCUACCUCACAAUCAUGUCCAGCGCCGACCCCGAAGAAGCUGUCCACAAACUCAUCAAGAUCAACCUCCCUGCCGGCCAAGAACCAGAGCUCCCUUCCAUGAUCGUCGAAUGCUGCUCCCAAGAAAAGACAUACACCAAGUUCUUCGGUCUCAUCGGCGAACGAUUUGCUAAAAUCAACCGCCUCUGGUGCGAUUUGUUUGAGCAGUCCUUUGCCAAGUACUACGACACCAUCCACCGCUACGAGAACAACAAGCUUCGCAAUAUCGCCCAGCUCUUCGGACACAUGUUUGGCGUCGAUGCCCUUGGCUGGCACUGCCUCUCAGUAAUUCAUCUGAACGAGGACGAAACCACUUCCAGCAGCCGCAUCUUUGUCAAGAUCUUAUUCCAGAGCAUCGUGGAGGAAAUCGGCCUGCCCAAGCUCAGGGCUAGAUUGACCGACGAGACGCUCCGACCGAAUCUGGAGGGCAUCUUCCCCAAGGACAACCCGCGAAACAUCCGCUUCUCUAUUAAUUACUUUACCAGUAUCGGGCUUGGUGCGCUCACGGAAGAGAUGAGAGAAUACUUGCAAAACAUGCCCAAGCCGGCGCUACCUGCCCCUGCCGCUGCGGCGGAUGACUCGGACUCGGACUCUGAUCCGGGGCCGUUCUACAUCUCGGACACCCUCCCGCAGGACAAGAUCACGGUCAUACUCCGAGAGUCGGUCCCGCUCGCGCUCGCGCUCGCGCUCAGCUUCAUACGACUCGAGGUCACCGUCUCCCAGACGAAGACGUCGAGACUCCUACUCGGCCUCGCCUCGGCGGCGAUCCCUCUCCAGAAGCAGAUCCCGCUCACUAGCGCCCAGGGGAAGGGGGAAAGUAAGACGACGCAGCGCUUCAUACAGCUCGUACAGCCGCUCCCCAUCACGCGACCGCAGCCGUCCGUCCCUGUCGGUCAGCCCCCCUCGUGGACGGGACCGUUCGCCAAGGGGCAGGUCGUACCGCCGAAACAGCUCUUCGUCCCUGAGCAGCGCGCCGCGCAAAAGGUUCAGACGGGACUCUCCAUCGCCAUCGGGGGCCAGAAGAGCGAGUCCCUCGCCCAGAGGAAAUGGAAGGAGGACCUCUUACUCUGCAUCGCGGAGCAGGUCCCCGCAUAG